AUGAAUAUCAGCAAAUCUAUUACUGGGACUUUAGGCAUUCUGCAGACAUGCCUCGACUCUAAGACAGUGAAACGAGUUGUUUACACGUUAAGUGCAGCAACAGUUGUGGAUCACAACAAGGAUUUAGAUCUAGUGGACGAGAACGUGUGGACUGAUGUAGACUAUAUGAGCCCGUCCGUUAAUCAUGAUUUUGCAGCUUCUUACAUCAUUGCUAAGAUGUUAACAGAAAGGGCAGAUCUAGAAUUCGCUGAAAAGCAUUCGUUGGAUCUUCUCACUGUAAUUCCCACUUGGAAAACCGGCCCUUUCAUAUGUUCCAGUUUGCCUGGCUCAGCGAGUUCAUCAUUGGCUAUGAUCAUUGGAAAUAAGCAUGUGCUGAAGUAUACCAAAAUUAUCGCUUUUGUGCAUACAGAUGAUGUGGUCAAUGCACACAUCUUUCUUUUCAAGUGUCCUAAUGCCAAAGGGAGGUACAUUUGCUCUGCCGUUGAGAUUACAGUAGACAAGUUAGCUAAAUUUCUUUCCAUGAGGUACCCGGAAUUCCAAAUACGAAAUGAAGAGUGA